UAUAAUUCAGAAAGCCAGUGAAGGAAUAAUUAUACUUUUCCCAGCGCUUCUGAAGUCAGACUAUGGCUACAACAAGCAGAGUUCUUCUACUUCUUGUGGUUGGAGCUAGUGUAACUUGUCCUGAGUUUAUCACAGUCCGCUGGUAGCUUGAGAAAUUUUUCCUAUAAAGAGAGGAAAUUGGCGAACCUAAUAAUUCAGAAAGCCAGUGAAGGAAUAACCAUCUAGAGUCAGGCUAUGGCUACAAGAAGUAGAGUUCUUCAAUUCCUUGUGGUUGGAGCUAGUGUAAUUUUUGGGCUCGGGAAGGUUAGUGCCGUCAACAGUAGCGUUGCGGAGUUAGUGCGUGAGCGGUGGCAAGAGAAGCUUCCAGACAUUGGAAUACCCGCAGCGCUAGUGAAUCGUCUGUCCCCUCUUUCUCUAAGACAGCUCAAGGAUUUCACCACGGCGCUCAAGAACAGAGACAGAGACGAUACUUCCUUCGAUGCAAGCCACUUCUGCCGUUCUGCCGACUUGUUAUGCCGUGAACCCGUACUGUAUAUAAAUGGUUGUUUAAGAUAUGGACGCUCCCAACGUAUGCUUGAGGAGAUCGAGGAGCACGCGUUCUUUGACAAGGAAGAGCUGCGGGAGUCGGGAGAAAUGAUAUUGCCGGAAAUGGGCUCUCACAGAACACUUACGCCAUUUUUGCCCAGCGAGUUAGCUGAGAUGAUGCCGCCAUUCUCUACUGCAAAUGUUUCUCAGAUUUUGAAGUUGUUGAACAUCCCGAGCGACUCAAAUAUGUCCCGUAGCAUGGUAAGCACGUUGAAGAAGUGCGAGGAUAGGGCAGACGAAGGAGAAGUGCAGAGAUGCAGCACAUCCGUUGAGGGCAUGGUGGAAUUCGUGGUGUCUCUUUUGGGAUCUGACGUCGACCUUCUUAAUGACCCAUCUGUUAUAGGAUUUGGUCAGCGGGCUACGGUUACUAAGGCGGCUAAGAGGGAGAAUAUCGUGGGGGGUAAAUCGCCUGUAACUUGUCAUAACUUCGUGUUUCCUUACGGAGUGAGUUAUUGUCAUUCUAUCAAUGGAAGUGAGGUAUUCGAUCUUCAGUUGGAGGUCAUGCAGGAUGAUAAACAAGUAGUAAGGAACGCUACGGCACUGUGUCAUUAUUUCUCGGACGGAGUGGGAGGAACUCAGGCUUCUUGUCAUUUCGUUUACGGGGAGAUGUUACUGUGGAUGCCUAAGCCCAGUUAUUAGAUUAUCAUGUAUUAUGUGGAUGAUGGUAGUUUCUUAUUUUGCAAUAUUGCUCUAAUAAUUGAAGGUGAUUUACACUUGAAAGAUGACGUAAAUUGAAUGAAAGGUAAUGGAUAUUAGAGUCUUUUAGUAUAAGAGCUGGAUUUUAUGUUGAUUUACACUUGAAAGAUGAUGUAAAUUGAAUGCAAGGUAAUAGAUAUUAGAGUCUUUUAGUAUAAGAGCUGGAUUUUAUGUUUUGUUAAUGUAAGAGUUGAUGUGAAUGAUAUGGAAAGUUGAAAAAAAUAAAAAGGGAUGAUUCUUUAUGAUAA